CAGUGGAGCGCUACACGUGUUGAACAGGCUGGUGUUUACAGUGUUUAUAAAGACUAAAAUUUAGCUCGCACAUGCCAGCACAGAACACAAAGAUUAUAAGCACAGCUCCCAUCAAACUGUAGUGAUGCCGAAAGCGAAGAAGUCCAAAGGAGGAGGAGAGAAGAGCGUCGGGGCCGUGGCGCUGGCUGACCAGAUCCUGCAAGCGGACACGAUCCGAGCCCGAGACCGGGUGAAGAUGAGAGACAGCCGGGGAGAAGACGAGGACACGUACGUAGACGAGCGUUUGUCUCGGAAGAUCUUACAACAGGCCCGGAUUCAACAAGAGGAGCUUCAGACCGAGUAUGGCUUGGCACCAGAGAAGAAGAAAACACCAGUCACUGUCCUCGGGUCCGAAAGUCAGGAUGCAGACUCAGACGAGGAGUGGCCAGCGCUGGGAGAAGCUGGAGCUGGUGAUGUCGAGGGUGACACUGAAGUCGUUGUCGACCCUGAUGAUGAGAAGGCCAUGGAGAUGUUCAUGAAUAAGAACCCCCCAGUGAGACGGACCUUAGCUGACAUUAUCAUGGAGAAAAUAACAGAGAAGCAGACUGAGGUAGGAACAGUGAUGUCGGAGGUGUCGGGGGUUCCAAUGCCCCAACUUGACCCAAGGAUAAUAGAAGUCUACAAAGGUGUCAAUAAGGUUCUGUCAAAAUAUCGGAGCGGUAAAUUGCCGAAGGCUUUCAAAAUCAUCCCAGCGCUUUCAAAUUGGGAGCAGGUGCUAUAUUUGACAGAGCCAGAGACCUGGACUGCAGCUGCCAUGUACCAAGCAACAAGAAUCUUCUCAUCCAAUCUGAAAGAGCGAAUGGCCCAGCGAUUUUACAACCUGGUGCUGCUGCCCCGAGUGCGAGAUGAUAUUGCGGAGUACAAGCGUCUCAACUUUCAUCUCUACAGUGCCCUGAAGAAAGCCUUGUUCAAACCAGGAGCAUGGUUCAAAGGUAUUCUGAUUCCCCUCUGUGAAUCUGGGACAUGUACCCUCAGGGAAGCCAUCAUCAUUGGAAGCAUACUCACAAAGUGCUCGAUCCCUGUGCUCCACUCCAGUGCUGCGAUGCUUAAGUUGGCAGAGAUGGAGUAUAACGGCGCCAACAGCAUUUUCCUACGUCUAUUGCUUGACAAGAAAUACGCCCUGCCUUUCCGUGUCCUGGAUGCCUUGGUGGCUCACUUCCUGUCCUUCCGCAGUGAAAAACGUGCUCUUCCUGUGCUGUGGCAUCAGAGUUUACUCACCCUGGCUCAACGCUACAAGGCUGACCUGGCCUCCGAACAGAAGGCAGCACUGCUGGAGCUGCUCAAGAUACAAACACACCCUAUGAUCUGUGCAGAGAUCCGCAGAGAACUGCAAAACUCAGAGUCACGGGAUAUUGAAGUUGGUCUCCCUGUUACAGUUGAAAUGGACUGAGGACUCAUUGUGAUCAGACCCAUCAUCCAUCUCUGAUGGAAAUAUUCAUGCUUUCUUUAGCAUGUAGAAAAUCUUGUUAAUUCUUACCUUAUUAUUCCUGUCCUAUGAAAGGUCAGUUUUCAACAUCAAAGUGACUUAUUAGUGUUUCAGAGAUACUUUUUUUUGCUGCCUGGAUUAGUUUCCACAUUCAAAAGUGCACAUCAGUAGUGAUGUGGCAGUUUGAAUUUCAUAUUGCGAAUCUUUGAGCUUUUUUCUGCAGUUGCAAUGCAGUGAUUGUGUAGGUAUACUAUAUAAAAUUGGUAUUUCUGUGUAUUUGAUGAAAAGCAACUGUUGUUUUGAAGCAACAAUUUGAAUU